AUGGUUUUGAAAUCUCAAAGUAAGGAGGCUCAAGCAUCAAAAGGUCAAGGCAAGGACAUUGCAGUUUCAAAGGCACAAAUGGGUGAAUCCAAAUAUGUUCCAAGCAAUCCUGCAAAGAAGAUUAGAUUUACUUCAUCCUCCAAGAAAGACCCAAGCUCUGCGACCGUUGGUUGUCGCGAAUCUCACGGCCUGGUGCUCUGGGCCGAGGGGAUGUGCGUCAACACGUGA